UAUAUUUUUGAUCUUGAUGCGGAAGAGAAGCGGGAAGAUCUAUCUCUGGAAGGCAAAUUCUCUGUAGAUGCUGAGAAUUGUGGCAACUGGACACGGUUCAUCAAUAAUUCAUGUGAACCCAAUCUGUUUGUCAGAACUGUGAACUACGAAGCACCAGCCAAGUAUCAUCCUGGACGUUUGAUGUUUAUAUGUCUGAGAGACAUCGAAGCGGGCGAAGAGUUGACAUUUACAUAUACACCAACCCAUGCAGUUGCACCUGAGGAUAUUCCUUCCAAACCAAGAUGCUACUGUGGAGCUGAGAGUUGUAGGGGAUGGUAUUGA